AAACAACUUGAGGACUCGGUCUUGCUUGCGAUGGUCCCCCGCUUCAUUGCGGUAUGGGUACGGGUCGCUCGUACCUGUUAUACGGGCAUGUUGGGCAUCCCUAAAUGAGGUCGUGUCCUUUGAAAAACUCAUAAAGCCUUCGGAGAGCCACUAGCCUUACGUUCAUCGAAAAUGUCUCGUUGGUCGCAGCAUGCUGAGGAUUCGCGUCGCCUCCCGGAAGGCUUUCAAAGGAUAGGGUAUGAUGCAGAUACGAUGCAGUAUACAUUUACGGACACACAUGGGAAGUUGUACCGGAGUGCGCCUGGGGAGGAGUAUGGUACAUUGACGCCCGUGGCUGCUUCGACGGAUAGACCUGGAGCCUUUUCUGACGGAGAGAAUCCGAAGGCAAACAACUCAUCUACCAGUGGGCCCGCUCCGAAAUUGACAUUCAGCGACUUCCUCCCUACGUCUGCUAUGACGUCCGCCUCGUCAUCCCCAGACCAGAAUUUACCGGCACCCUCGCAGAGGUAUUUUAAUGGAGCGGUGCAGAAUGCUCUGCCGAAAAUAUGGGGUGUCAUACAGAACCUUCAUCGAACGUCUGCGUAUACCAAGGAGUCCGCCUCGGCAGAUCACACUCAGGCUUCUUCUCCUCAUGAUGGUGGCAAGAGUUCGACCCCGAAUAUGUCCAAUACAGCUGACGCCAGCCCGGCGAGUAUUGUUAGGGUUGAUAAAUCGAAGAGUUCUGGCAGUGAACCCAAGGCUUAGAAGCUCGCUAGUCGAUCCUUCUUAGCUGUACGGAUAUUUGGUUGUUGG